AUGUCCACUCUUGCUGCUGAUCUCAACCAUGCUCGGUCGCAUUCCGACUCGACCAACUCCAAGUCCAGUGCUUACUACCAGAUGACGCAGCCUCGCUCGCAAGAGUCUACGUUGAUCCAUGAUUCCCAGCUCAAGAGAUCGUUUGCAGAUAUGUCCGACUCCUUUACGUUGGUGUCUGACGCUCCGCCAAGUCCUCAAAACAAACGGUCCAAAACCGCGCCUUCCUCGCCUGUGCCGGAAACUCCAAAACUCUCGUUUGACGAACUGCCUUUGACUCCACCUUCGCACGGCGUUGUGUUGGGGUCUGUGUCGAUCUCGACCCCGAUCUCCUCGCCUCAAAAUACCCUUGCGCAGUCGCCGGCGACUCCCCCAUCCUCUGCCUCGGGGUCUCCUCGUCAGCUACCGAUUCCUUUGAAACCGGCCGGCAAACUACAUGCGUUCGAAUCCGAUUCCAGCUUUUUUUUCCCAGACACCUGUUACUCGUUCAAUCUGCUUGGAUCCGCAGCCCCAGAAAGCAACGAACGCGGCUGCAUACUCGAACAACGCAAUGAAGAAUGGAGAGACUUCCACUCCAACAAGUGCAAACACGAAAACAGCGAACUGUUCAAGAAGUACAGAGAAUAUUGCUCCUCCAUGCGGCUCAAGCCCACAAAACCAAUUUCGCGUGUUUCCAAGCCGCUCCGCCCUAAGAAACCGGUCAAGAUCGCAGCCUUCGUGGAGUCCCAAUACCAGAAGUUCAACGGACUCGUCAACUACCCUUACUCUAAUAACUACACCUACCAGACAACCGGAUAUCUCAAAGAUGUGCAAUUGCUCACCUCCUCCGCAAAACUCUACACUCCGCAACCGAAACACAGCUACGUCCCUGAAACAAGCGAGAACUUCAAGCUCCCAACACCAACAACAAGACUCCCGCCUAUCUCAGCCUCCUCCAUCAUGAUCCCUCCGCAGGAAGAGCACGAGUUCGCCCGCGUGGGCGUUUCCAAAUUCAUCAACACUUCGCUCGAAACUCCAGCUUCGCCACAGGCACAUUUGCGCACCACCGCCACGCCCUCUGCCUCCUCCUCGUCCUACACUGGUGGCUCGCGCAAAUGUAUCUCCUGCCACUCUGCCCAAUCGCCAUGCUGGAGACCUUCGUGGUCCUCGUCCGAGGGCCAGCUCUGCAACUCCUGCGGCCUGCGUUACAAGAAGACCCGUGCCAGAUGUCUCAACCCGCAAUGCCUGCGCAUUCCUGCCAAGGGAGAAUGGACCUUGAUGAAAAAUAAGGGCAAAGUUAUGGUCCAGGACCAUUACGCAUACAGAUGUCUCCAUUGCGACGGAGAAGUUGACGUUGACGAAUAG